AAUUAUUCUUUAUAUCCUUUGUAUUUUUACAGCUAAAGAGGAGGAGAUUGCCUUCCUUAAGGAAACAAUCUUUGGGAGAGACAAAGAAAUUGUUGAUCUCAAAGAAAAACUGUCUCGACUACAACAAAAUGGACAAAGAAAUCAGUUUGAUUUUGUAAAGAAAAUGGCGACAAUGGAUGAAAAGCUACAGCAGGCAAGGAGGAACAUUAAAGAACUUGAAGAUGGCCUGAAUUUCAGUUUUGUGAAGAAUGAAACAAAAGAAGACUCCCAGAGCGAGCCAAAAACAUUUAAUGGUAAGGCUUACUUUGAACUUCAACCAUCAUGGUUCGACACUCUAUCAAACAACGCUGGAUGUCUAAAUGUUAAAAACUUUCCAGUGACAGCCAAAGAUCUUGAAGUUCUGAAGAAUGCUAAAUCGUCCUCUUCUGAGCCAGCUGAAGGUAACGGUUACUUCGACACUCGACCAUCAUGGUUCGACACUCCAUCAAACAACGCUGGAUGUCUUGAAAUUGAAAACUUUCCAGUAAAAGCAAAAGAUCUUGAAGCUAUGAAGAAAGCUCAAUCGAAUUCGAAGCUCUUCAUUAAGCCAGCUCAAGGUAAGAAGAAGGAAACUUGUGAAAUACGAUUGCUCGACAAUCUACAUCUGUGCGAGAGUGGAGUAGUCUGAUAAGUGACACAAAGGUUAGACAGUUAUAAUUGUCAAUGAAUCUUCCAGCUGAAGUACCUUUGCAAAGUACUCGCCUCAUUUAAGCUCAGUGAGAAACUCAUUGAUCUCACAAUUAAAUUUACAAUGUAAUCUUAAUGAGAAAACGUCAUCAAUACUCUAUUGGCAUUGAAUACGUAAUGAUAAUAGGACUAAGUAAAAUCCAAUUCGGUCUGUAAUCAUACGUGGGAUAACA